AUGGGAAAGAUCGUGAAGCCGAAGUUCGGAGAAAAUAUUACAACAAUUGGAACAAACAUCGCGAGUCUGUUCUUCGUCUGGGAUACUCUCAGGAGAUACUUUCCUCACCAGCUAAAGAUCACGAUCGAGCAGCUCCUCUUCAAAGCAAUCCAGCGGUUACCCUUUUUCAAGAAAUGUUCGGACAAGAUCCUCGGCUUGUUCUCUCCUUACGCUCAGAUCAGGUUCAGAGAAAUCGAGGAGUAUAGAUACAACUACGCCUACAAAGCUAUCAAGACCUACCUUGGUGCAAAAGUUAACUCCGAAGUGAAGAGUCUCAAGGGGAACCAGGUGAAGGAGAGCACGCCUCUGGAUUUCAAACGCGAUGAUGACAAAAUCGAGGAGGAGUUUGAAGGUGUGAAGAUAUGGUGGGAACUGCUAAAAUUUGCUGACGGGAAAAAGAUGUGUAGGCUCACUUUCCAUAGAAGUGAUUGGAGUGUUGUGACUGGUUCCUACUUGAGAUACGUUGUGGAAGAAGGGAAAUCGAUAGAGGCGAGGAAGAAGAAGGUUAGGCUGUGUAUGAAUAACCCAAGUUUGAAUUGGAAGAUUUCGAUGAAAAAUCUAUGGACUAGCAUUGAAUUUGAGCAUCCUGCAACGUUUGAGACAAUGGCAAUGGAUCCAAAGAAGAAAGAUGAGAUUUUGAGUGACCUUUUGGCGUUUAGAGAUGGCAAAGAGUACUAUAACAAGAUUGGGAAAGCUUGGAAGAGGGGUUACUUGUUGUACGGACCUCCCGGGACAGGUAAAUCCACGUUGAUCGCGGCUAUGGCGAAUCUCUUGAACUAUAGUAUCUUCGAUCUCGAGCUGACUUCGGUAGAGAACAAUUGGGAGUUGAAGAGGCUGUUGAUAGCAACGGCUAGCAAGUCGAUCAUUGUGAUUGAGGAUAUAGACUGUUCCUUGGACCUCACGGGAGAGAGAAAAGGUAAAGACGCGAGCAACUCAGAGAUCAAAGGAGAGAAGAAGAAGGAUAAUGCGGUUACACUCUCAGGGUUGUUGAACUUUAUUGAUGGGAUCUGGUCGGCUUGUGGGCAAGAGAGAAUCCUUGUCUUCACAACGAAUCACGUGGGGAAACUUGACGAAGCUUUGAUCAGGAGAGGUCGGAUGGAUAUGCAUAUAGAACUAUCUUAUUGCACAUUCAAUGCGUUCAAGAUUCUUGCCAAGAACUAUCUGAAUCUUGAUUCGCAUAUCUUGUUUGGAAAGAUUGAGUCUUUGCUGGAAGAAACGAAGAUAACUCCGGCUGAUGUUGCGGAGAAUUUGAUGGUGAAAGAUCGUGAAUCCGAAGUUGAUGGAGCACUCAAGGGUUUGAUCCGAGCUUUGGAGCAAAUGAAGUUGAGCCAAAAGGCUAAGGCCGAUGAACAACAGAAGGAGAAUAUUAGUCAAAUAUAA